AUGGCAGGGCGCUUUCAGGCCUUUGACGCCAAAAUCUUCAGUAUCGAAGACUUGAAAAAUGAAAGCAUUAAGCGACUGGACAAAAGCUAUAGCGAUUAUUACAAUGGCGCUUCUAUGGAUCUUUUAACCUUACACGAUAACGAGUUCGCAUUUGACCGCUACAAACUACGGCCGCGAUGUCUUAUGAACGUGUCCAAGAUUGACACGUCCACGGAGUUCCUCGGGAGCAAGAUCUCAUUUCCCUUUGGUUUCUCACCUGCAGCAUACCAUGUCAUGGCGCACCCUGAUGGCGAGAUUGGCACUUCUCGAGGUGCAGCAGCACAUGGCGUCCCAAUGGUCCUGUCAUCUUAUUCAUCCCUGCCUAUGCAAGAUGUCAUCAAGGAGGGGAAAGGGAAUCCCUAUGGGAUCAACAUCUUGUUUCACAAAGACCGCGGCAUCACUCGCAUGAUGCUGCAGAAGGCAGAAGCUGCCGGAUACAAGGCUGCAUUUGUCACCGUAGAUUGUCCAGUUUUAGGAAUCAGGCUCAACGAAUAUCGAAACUCUUUCAUGCCUCCAACAGGCAUGUCUUCGCCAAACCUUAAGAGGCCCGAUGGGUCUGAAUUUCCGCCGGAGGACGUCGACUACGAUGACAGUGUCCUGUGGGUGGAAGGCAUGAAGUUCCUGCGAGAGAACACCAAGAUGCAGAUAUGGACUAAAGGAGUGACCUCCCCGGAAGAUGUUGAGAUGGCCAUCAAGUGUGGUGUCGACGGAAUUGUCAUUUCCAACCAUGGUGGCCGACAGCUCGACGGUAUGCCAGCGACUCUUGACGUGUUACGCCAAGUUGCACCUAUCGCGAAGGGCCGGAUCCAAAUCGGCAUCGACGGAGGAUUUCGCCGCGGAUCAGAUAUUUUUAAAGCAAUCGCUCUCGGGGCCGAUAUUUGUUUCAGCGGUCGGGUCCCAAUCUGGGGAUUGGCUUACAACGGAUCUAAGGGAGUAGAUCUCGCACUCCGGAUUUUGAGACGUGAGUUUGAGGUGACUAUGGCUCUCUGCGGAUGUCAGACUCUGGCAGAUAUUAGCCGAUCACGCCUCGGCCUGUUACUUAAUGAUGGUAACCUUGCUCGCUUGUGA